AUGGCAAAAAAGAAUAAUAAGACCAACACCAGUACUGGCAACUCAUCGAAACAGAUUGCAAAUGGAGACAACUUUGCUAGACUCAACUACUUGUACCAACUAAGUAACUGUUUUGUUGCGUCCUCUUCAUCUUCACCACCAAUUGCUAGCAGUAAACGACUUCAAUCUUUCCUAGCACGAGGUUAUGAUCGUAAUUUGGAUCUACUAUCAAAGCGGUCCUUGACCAAGCUUUCUCCAUCAGUCAAGAGAACUAUAUGCAAAAAGUGUCAUGUGAUGCUAAUACCAGGAAUGACAAUGUCCAUACGAAUAGAAAACAAAUCAAAGAGGCGGUACGACAAAAAUGAUGUUUUGGUACACAAGUGCCUGACUUGUGGUGAAUGCAAAAGAUUCCCCAUUGGAAUUGAUAGAGAAUAUGUACCAUUCUUUGAACAAGGGUAUAUUGAGGAUACAUAG